UCGUCGAUACCUCCUAACCCGCGAAUAAAACGGCUGUCAAAACAAACUUCUGAUCAGAAAUCAGUCAGACAUCAUGUUGGUUCGAGUCUUUGUUUUAUUCUCAUUUCUCCUAGUCUUGACUAGGGGAAAAACGGUUUACAAAGACUACAAACCUGAAUACAAAUUGGAAAAAGGAGAAUAUCCCGAAAAAUUCGCAACACUUGAGACCCUUACCGAAUUUGUUCGACUGGUCAACGAACACAAAUUGAACGUUUCCUUGAUCAUGUCGAUGGGAAAAAAUUACGAUAAUGGCAAUUUGAAAGAAGUAACUGCCAUGACGAUGAAUUUCCCAGUCAAUUCUGAAACCAUCACCAAAGAAGCAACUCUCAAGGAAGCUGAUUUCGAAAAGUUGGCAAAAAUUGCGACCAAGGAAAAAAUCGUGGUUGCGGGAAGCAUUUCCCAAAUAAACAAUGGCACCUUGAUUGUCAGCAACAACAUUAAGGAGGUGCCCAUCACGAAAUCGCACAAAAUUUUCACCGGAAUUAAACACGGAAAGACCGGAUUCGUCUUCGACGACAAAAACUACGCCGCCCAGUAUACCUUCAUCACCCAUGGGGCCGAUGGUAAAAAUACCACCACCAAGGUCUUCCACGGCGACGUCCAAGUCGAUGUUGUCGAUUCCGGUAAUUUGAAAGACCCGGAAAUCACGACAAUCAAGAAGGCGCUGACCGACGCCUACUUCACCUACGAGUCGGAUGUGAUGCCCAAAGCCCUGGCUGCAAUGUUGAGCAAAAAGCUGCCUGGUACCGACUGGGAUGUGGCGCAAAUUUCGCCGCAUAGUUACAUCGAUGCGCAAAAAUGGGUUGAAAUGAAGAUUGUUGAAGACGAGUUUCUCGUGUAUUCAAUAUGAGAGAAAUUGUGAUUGAUGUAAAUGUAUUGUAAUAAAGUUUCGAAUGAAUGA